UAAUGUUCCCUGUGAAGUUGAUUGAUUUAUACUUGUCACCAUCAAGAUCUGAAUACAAAGAUUUCUCAACAAACAUUAGUGAAAAUGAUCUUGACUAUGACACUUUCAAACUUGAUCAAAUGCUCAACAAACCUCCCUAAAUUAAGAAGAGUUCUUCUUAUCCUAGAAAUUAUGUAUCAAAUUAAUCAUUAAUAUUUAGUAAAAACAAUAAUUGAUAGAAGAAAGUAAUAUUGAUGGGGAUCAAAUUAUAUAGGAAUGUAAUCGCUUCAUUUAAGACUCUUAAGUCAGUGUUACUCAACUCCUUUAAGAACUGGCUCUUGAUCAACCAAAGAAGAAUAGAAGUGCAGGCUUCUUAAAGUUCUUUGAUGAGAAUAAAAAUUAUGGAUUCAUUGUUAUGGACUCAGAUGGUUCAGAUAUUUUUGUAUAUGCUGAUGACCUUGCCAAAACUGGAAUCUCUAAAGAGUAUUUACGAACUGCUAAAUUUGGAAAUUGCAUCAGGUACUCUCCUUAUCUUAAUAAAAAGAUUUACAUUUACUUGCAUGGAAUAUUAUGGUAAAUACAAUAAAUCCAGAAAGGCAAUCGACUUAGAAUAUCAAAAGCCAGGCAUAUUCCCCCAAAGCCUAUACUGAUU